AGUUAUUCCAAAAAGUUGUUUAGUCUUUUUAUUUUUUUUUUUUUUUUUUUUUUUAAACAGAGCAGAUGCUACAGCGACCAAUGGGCGGACAGUUUGUUGGUACGUGUGACAUUUUCGGUAAGAACAGGGUGAGGCGUUGGGGAUCUGUAAUUUGACCAAAAAAUGAAUUUUCUCAUCUUAUUCUGCAUAUGAGCUACGUGGACUGGACUGUGCCGUGUUUCCAUGCGUUGACUAUAACGUUGAAGGUGUAGUUGUAUCUAUUUGGACAUUGUAAAAUGAAGAAACCAACUAGCUCACUGUGCCCAGUCAGUAGCAGUGAAGAGGCCAGAAGUGGAACUGUUGUGAUCUGUACUCAAUCUCUCCACUCGAAAGAAGCCCCCAGUGCCCCCAACACACUGAGCCGACGUGUCACUAUGUCUCAGCACAGUCACAAUCUCCUCAAAUUCUUGAAUGAAGACCGGGGUCGCCAGAGGUUUUGUGAUGUGUCUGUGUCUGUGGGUGGGAAGAUCUACUGCGCUCAUAAGGCAGUCUUGGCCCAUGGGAGCAGCUACUUCCAUGCCGAGUUUUCCAAAAAUCCACACGCCACACGUGUAACCUUGGACCAUGUAGAAGAACCAGUUUUUCAGCAUUUACUUGAAUUUUUAUACACUUCAGAAUGCAUUAUAACAGAAACAGACAUCCCGACUUUAAUCGCAACAGCACGUUUUUUAGACAUGAUGGAUAUACUUAAACUGCUUUCUGAAGAUGCUCAGUCAAAAUCUCCUGCUACUCCUGUUGACCAGACCAGUGAUGAGUUGGCAAUAGAUCCCAAAUAUACAGAAGAUGCAGGCAAUAGUGAGUCCCCAAGUUCUGAAGGCUUAUCAGACAACAAGACGGUGAUUCAUGUCAUAACUGAGAAUCAGACCUCUGCAACAAUACGAAGAUCAACGCGCAGGAAAAGGACGCUGAAGUAUAAUACAGAUAAUGAAAGUGAAAGUGUACUCAAUAAAAGAACAAAACUACUUAGAGAUUCACUGGAGGAAGCAGAGAAAAGAGCAAACUUUGAGGUUGGGGUUGUGGCCAAUAAUCCUCACAUUCAAGAUGAGAAUGAGGAUGUAGAGCAAGAUGAUGAUGCUGCUGAACUGGAUAUAGGCCAGUUAAAAACAGACAAAACACAAAAUCAACACAAUUCUGAAAAAAGGAAUGCUGUUAAUAUGAAAACAAAAGCAUCCCGAAGCACAAUCCAGGAAUAUCCCGAAGGACUGGCUCCACUUAUUAUUCAGACUGCCAGCAAGAAAAUGCUCAAAUGUCCGAAGUGUGACAAAGUCUUUGACCGAGCAGCUAAGUAUGAGAGCCACACGAGGGUGCACACGGGAGAGAAGCCAUUCCAGUGUGAAAUCUGCCUCCAGUGUUAUUCCACAAAAUCCAACCUGACUGUCCACAAGAAAAAACACCACAAUGACAACUUUUGCUCAAAGAAGGAGCACCAGUGUCCAGUGUGUAACAAGCUCCAUGCCAGCAAAAAAACUCUGGCAAAACACAUCCGAAGGUUUCAUCCUGACCAUAUUCAAGAGAACAAGAAAAAGAAGAGGAGUGAAGGCUGGAAGUGUGCUAUUUGUCAGAAGACAUUCACGCGCAGGCCACAUCUUCAGGAACACAUGAUUUUACACUCCCAAGAGUUGCCUUUCAAAUGCACCUUCUGCGACCAGUACUUCAAGUCAAGAUUUGCCCGAUUGAAGCACCAAGAAAAAUCACAUUUAGGUCCCUUCCCCUGUGAAAUCUGUGGACGACAAUUCAAUGACUCGGGCAACAAAAGGAGGCACAUAGAGUGUACACACGGUGGUAAAAGGAAGUGGACCUGCUUUGUCUGUGGAAAGUCCGUGAGGGAAAGAACAACUUUAAGGGAGCAUAUGCGAAUCCACAGUGGGGAAAAGCCUCAUCUUUGUAGUGUUUGUGGCCAAAGUUUCCGUCAUGGGAGUUCUUACAGGCUUCACCUGCGAGUUCACCAUAACGACAAGCGAUAUGAGUGUAUUCAGUGUGGGAAAACAUUCAUCCGCCACGACCAUCUGAGCAAACAUCAGAAAAUACACUCGGGUGAGAAAGCACAUCAGUGUGAAGAGUGUGGAAAGUGCUUCAGGCGACAUGAUCAUUUGACCGUCCAUUAUAAAACUGUACACUUGGGACAGAAAGUUUGGCAGAAGUAUAAAACAGCUGUGCAUCAAUGUGAAGUUUGCAAAAAGGAAUUUAAAGGAAGGUCGAGCUUAGAAAGUCAUUUCAGAACUCAUUCAGGGGAGAAACCCCACAAAUGUCCUGAGUGCCACCAGUCGUUCAGGAUAAAGAAGACUCUGACGAAGCACAUGGUCAUCCACUCAGAAGAACGGCCCUAUAACUGCCCACACUGCAGUGCCGCUUUCAAACGGAAAGACAAACUCAAAUACCACGUCGACCACGUCCACAGCACACGCUACACUGUGCAACCUGUGGGGACCCUAAGCCAAGACAAACUGGAGCCUGCUUCCUAUGUUGAAACCACAAAAGCCUUUAAUGAAGCCAAAUCCACCAUCCACAGCAGCCCGUCUCCUGCCAGCCCCUGUGGGCCUGCCACGUUAGUCCAAGGGCAACAACCAAGUUACCCAUCCACAACAGACUUGGCCUUCUUAGAAAAGUACACACUGAACCCUCAGCCUGCUAACAUGGUUCACCCUGUGAGGACUGAUCAGAUGUUAGACCCCCGGGAGCAGUCCUACUUGGGCACACUGCUCGGCCUGGACUCUGCCUCCUCUGUCCAGAGUGUCGCCAACUCAAAAGAAAACUGACUUUUUAAAAAUGAAUUUUCCGUGUUAUUAUAUUAAUCUCAUGUUUAUUAUACAUAUCAUCAUGACCGCUUGCCUAAUUAUGAGUGGCAUAAUGUAUUAGGACUUUAUGUAACUCCCAAUUCCUCGGAUUGUCCGACAUGAGGAGGAACUACACUCCGUCAGUAUGAUCUGCUAUUCUUUUAAGCAGUCACAUUUAAUAUCACUUUGUGUAUGUACAGUAUACUUCUAAUGAACUCAAAAUGAUAAUGAACAUCAUCCAGUGUAAACAAUCAUGUUUUAUUGUGUAGGAUCACACAAUGGACUGUGAAUGGAUGCACUUGUUACUUAAUAAAGAACUACAAACUA